GGGCAUGAGACCAUUCCAUCAUCCAGAAGACGAUGACUUUGUACCAGAACUGUCCAGGAGUAUUCACCCUCGAGAGCGGCCUGACUGGGAAGAAACUCUGAGCGCAAUGGCAAGGAGUGCUGAGAUCCCAGAAUUACCUGGGGAACCUCCCCUGAGAUCCUGUACUAGUACUGCCAGCAUGAAGGUGAAAAACAUCAAGAAGCUCUCAUUCACCAAAGGCCACUUCCCUAAACUGGCAGAAUGUGCGCACUUCCACUAUGAAAAUGUUGAUUUUGGAGCCAUCCAA